GCUCCGACGAGGCGGCGGCCUGCUCGCUAGAGACGGCCCACGUCAUCUAUUCUGACUCGGCGUACUGGCUGGAGGGCCUCGGAGCCAAGAUGGGGUACGUGAAGCCCGGCCUCUGGCUUACCCUGCGCCUCAACCAGCUGCUCAGAGCGGAGCGGGCGGCGGGUCGGGCGGGCAACGCCAGCGUGAUCUGGCUGCCCAACCCGGCCCAGCUGCAGAACCCGCACUCUCCGAGCCGGUCCAUGCUCGGGGGCCUGGGGCUGCGGCAGCCGGACGUGCCGCCGCCCUGCGCGCGGCCGUGGCAGACGGUCAAGUGGCUCCGAGAGCGGGUCGCCGCAGGCGACUACAGGCGGGUUGAUCUGAGCCUGGGGAAGCACACGACCGAGCGGUCGGCGGAGCUCGAGCAGCUCGCCCUCGCCGAGGUGGCGUCUGCCCCGCAGAAGCCCAUCGCCUUCUACCUGCACGGCCCCGCCGAUCCCAUGUACUGGCAUGGCCGCGCUGGUGCGUGGCUCCACGCCGCCUUCUUCGCGCACCGGCUGGCCCGCGCCAAGCGCGCGCCCGGGGCGCCGGUGGCCGCCGCCGCCUCCGCGAGCGAGGGGCCUCAGUCGAACCACACCUCGCUGCAGCGGGGGCAGUGGAGCACCAGGUUGGCAGGUACUCGGACUGAGGCUGUGAAGCAGCCGUGGUGGCACAGCCCCAGCGCCCAGGACUCCCCAGUGACGCCGCAGAGGUCGACAUUGGUGCAGGCCUCCCAGUCAUCUCCGUCCAUCCAGGGUGCGGACGACAGGGAGACGCCGCCGAAGGUAGACCUCGUUAGAUCUCAUCACGGGCCUGACACUAGGCCUGGCACGCCGUCGGAGACCUUUCCUGGCGUCGGGGACUGUCUGCCCCAUAGCCGCGGGGACCUGCGUCAGGGAGUUCCAACACCUCAGGGGCGCGGCUUUGGGACCGACCUGAUGUCGUCGCUUCAGCACUCACGCCGGACGCUGCAGCAGCUGCAGGCCCGCAUCGAGGGCGGGGCCAGGCGGUGCUCACUCGGCCACACGUCUGGGAGCCGCGCCACGCGCGGCGUGUCUCUCCAGGCCUCCGAAGAGCCGCCGAGUAUCGCAAGCUCGGUGCUCCGCAUGGGUGGCUGGACGCCCUGUGGGGAUAGUCGCGAGGCUGGUGGGUUUCCCGCCGGGGCGCCGGAGACCGCGGAGGCCGCCGCGCCUGCAGCGAUGUCAGUGAGCCUGCCGGAGUUUUCGGUCACGAGCCCCUUCUUGGGCGCCGCAGCUGCGGGGCAGUCCCUGCGGGGACUGUCGAAGCCCCUGCAGCACGCGCUCGGCUUCCUCCGGACGGUCGCGGCGCCGCCUGUCGUGCGCGCGGGCCACGGGAGGGCGGUGCUGCCCGCAGCAGUGGCAUCGCUCGCCCACAGGCCAACGCUCGUGCUCGACCUGGACGAGACGCUGGUGCACUGCCACCGCGGGCCUGGGCGAGCCUGCUGGGCGCAGGCGCCUCCAGGCUCAGGCCGCGGGGACGGCGCGCUGCCGCUCGGGGUGGUGGCCCCAGCCACGGACCUCGUCGUGGAGUUCGACGACGUGCCCAGAGGCGCCGCCGGGGCCGUAGCCUUCCGGCCAGGCGUGCGGCAGUUCCUGGAGGCGGCCUCCCGGUCUUUCGAGGUGGUCGUCUUCACCGCGUCGGUGCAGCUCUACGCGGACAAGGUGCCGCUCGCCAAGUGCAUCUUGGUGGACAACUCUCCCAUAUCGGUGGCGUGCAACGUCGACAACGGCAUCCUCUGCCGCAGCUGGUUCGGCGAUCCUGGCGACCGAGAGCUCGUGGACCUUCUGGACCUCCUGGAGGCCUUCCGGGCCAGCGGCGUGGACGCCGACCGCUUCCUCGCGGACCGCUACGGCCUCCGCAGCUUCUUUGAGGCCCUGCGCUCGGCCGAGCCCGAGCGUCAUUUUGGCUCAAACCCUGGCUCGCUGGAGUGUGCUGCAUAUUCGCUGUUCGAUGUUGGGUACAAGGGGACGGGCUUGGAGGAUGCUAACGCGGUGCCCAAGGUAGUGGCCAAGAGGGGUGACAAGGCAGCUCGCGCCAACUGCGUCGUGGUAAAUCUCAAGGACGCGGCCUUGGCGCAGGCCGAGCAGGCGGGCGCGCCUCCCGCGCUGCGCCUCCCGGACGGCGUGGGCGCCGGCCGCUACCUCGUCAGCGUGCACGUGCGCAAGACGGGCGUGCCUGGCGGCGGCCCCGCCGCCCCCGGGUCGGGGGCACUGGUUGCCACACCCGCGCCUUGCCACCCGCGCCUUGCUGGGGCGCCGGCUUUCUUCGACUACCCCGGCUACAGCCUGCCGGCCGCGUACUUCGUCGCCGCCGUGCGAGCCGUCUUCGCGCACACGCCCCUCGCCUGCGACAACUCGGUGGUCUUGCUGUUCGGCAGGGACGGGGACUCGGUGGUCCAGGAGGCCGUCGCCUUAGUGCGCUCACCUGGUCAUUCAUCCUGCUGUGGAUGUCGACGACGCAGAUGGAGAUGCGGAUGCCGAGGACGAUUAUGA